AUGGGAAACUCCUCAGAAUUCCAGAAAGCAGUGAAGUUGGUGAUUGAAACGGUUUCAUUUGAUAAAGACUCAACGGUCCAAGUUUUUGAGGCAACAAUCAGGGUUUUGGGAAGCCUGCUUUCUGCCCACAUAAUAAUUACAGAUACCAAACAGCCUUUUGGUGAUAUGACCAUUAAGGAUUAUGACAAUGAACUGUUGCAUAUGGCUCAUGACCUAGCAGUGAGACUGCUUCCAGCCUUUGAGAACACCAAAACUGGAAUUCCGUAUCCUCGGGUGAAUCUGAAGAAGGGGGUACCUCCAGACAGCAAUAAUGAAACUUGUACUGCUGGAGCCGGUUCCUUGCUGGUGGAGUUUGGUAUCCUUAGCAGGCUGCUUGGCGAUUCCACGUUUGAAUGGGUGGCCAGAAGAGCUGUCAAAGCGCUCUGGAGUCUCAGAAGCAAUAACACGGGACUGCUAGGAAAUGUUGUGAAUAUUCAAACUGGCCAUUGGGUUGGAAAGCAAAGUGGCUUGGGAGCAGGGUCCGAUUCAUUUUAUGAAUACCUUCUGAAGUCUUACAUCCUCUUUGGAGAAAAGGAAGACUUGGAGAUGUUCAAUGAUGCUUAUCGGAACAUUCAGAACCACUUAAGAAGAGGUCGAGAAGCUUGCAAUGAAGGUGAAGGUGACCCUCCUUUGUACGUUAAUGUAAACAUGUUCACAGGACAGCUGAUGAACACGUGGAUUGACUCUUUGCAAGCCUUUUUUCCUGGACUGCAGGUAUUGAUAGGAGAUGUGGAAGAUGCUAUUUGUCUCCAUGCUUUUUAUUAUGCCAUAUGGAAACGAUAUGGAGCUCUCCCAGAAAGAUACAACUGGCAAUUGCAAGCACCAGACGUUCCCUUUUAUCCACUGAGGCCAGAGCUUGUGGAAUCCACGUAUCUUCUCUAUCAGGCCACAAAGAACCCAUUUUACCUUCAUGUGGGAAUGGAUAUUCUGCAGAGUUUGGAAAAAUAUACAAAAGCAAAGUGCGGCUAUGCCACAUUACACCACGUUGUAGAGAAGACAAAGGAAGAUCGAAUGGAGAGCUUUUUUCUCAGUGAAACAUGUAAAUAUUUGUAUCUGUUGUUUGAUGAAGAGAAUCCACUGCAUAAAUCUGGAAAUAAGUAUAUGUUUACUACUGAGGGACAUAUUGUGUCUGUGGAUGAACGUUUUCGUAACUCUCUGUGGCAAGACAUCCUCCCUGAAGAAGAGGACAGCGCAGAAAAAAUUAAACCUAACGAAUUAAAGGCGUUCAACUUCAGUUCUAAUUGUAACAGAGUUCCUGAUGAGAGGAGAUACUUACUGCCAUUGAAGAGUAACUACAUGAGACAGAUUGAUCGAAUGGUGGGCUUGAUCUGAAUGGUUCUUCAGAGUAACUUUUAUCAUAUGUCAGGAGGAGCAUGGGAUUUGGCUGUAGACAUCCCUUUCCUCUUCAGCUACACACCUGCAUACGCUGAGUCACUUGGGUAUCCCCCAUGCUUGUUAGUUUUCAAUUAUGGACAUGAAGGGAGAUCAAGUUCUCUUACGAGUUCCAUCUUCUGAACUGCGGUAACUCCAUGUGCCACCUGAAUAGAGAUUCCUUGUUUUAAGACUUCCUAUGAAAAAUGUCGUUGCAAAUGAAGGCUGAAUAUACUU